AUGGUGCUGAUGCCCUGCCGCUUUCUUUUUAUGCCUUUCCUCCUUAAGCUUUGUGUGUUGCCGUUGCGUGCGGUUGUGGUGCUGUGCAAUAUGUUUUCCGUCUGCUACGUGACAACGCCGUCGAUGGAGGUGGCCCGCGACCUGUCGCGCCGCUUGGUCUUGUCGAAGAAGGUGGCGUGUGUGAACAUCAUUCCCGCAGUCACGUCCGUCUUCCAGUGGGAGGGCCGCGUGUGCGAGGAGACUGAGUGCCUCAUGAUGGUCAAAACACAGACGGCGCUUGUGGAGGAGGUGAUCGCCGACGUGGUGCAG